CAUGCUGUAAGGAACAAGAUGUAGAUAUUGUCGCUAUACAAGAACAUAGACAAAGAUCUAAAGAUACAGAGAUUGAAUAUAGAUAUUCGGAUGAUGGCGAAUGGCUGCUAGGAUUGGCAUCAGCAACGGAAGAAGGAAAUGGCGGUGUUGGACUAUUAAUGAAGACCAAGUAUAAAGAAUUGCUAAUGAACAUUGAAAGAGUCAAUGAUAGAAUCAUAGUUGCUUAUUUCGCAGGCAAUCCAGCUUUGACAAUUCUAUCAGCGUAUGCUCCGACCGAUAUGGCAAACGACGAUGAAAAGAGUGAGUUUUAUGAUGCUCUAUCAGAUUGUAUCAAGUCUAUACCAAAGCACAAUGUAAAAUUGGUAUUAGCUGAUAUGAAUGCCAUAGUUGGAAGAGAGAUGUCGUCUAGAACAAUUGGAUCAUCGUUGUAUCAUGAUAAAACGAAUGACAAUGGAGAGAGGUUGAUUGCAUUAUGUGAAAUGUAUGACAUGCGAGAAAUACAAUCAAGGUUUAGACAUCGUCAAGGUCGAUUAUGGACGUGGAGACAUACAUCUGGUCAAACCGCACAGUUAGAUCAUAUCCUUGUCAACUCGAAAUGGCGUAAUUCGGUUCGUAAUUGUAGGGCUUACAACACAAUGAACGUUGACUCAGAUCAUCGAGUUGUGUGCUGUAAAUUCAAAUUACGAUUAAGAGCUACAAAGAAAUGUAGUGUCACAAACAUUCGUUACAACUAUGCAAGUCUGAAGAAUGAUAGGGUAAACGAGAGAUUCAACAAGGUGCUAGCGAAUAGAUUUGAAGCUCUUCAAAAUGUCAGAGCAAAUGAUCAACCAAAUUUGGAUAAAGAGCAGCCGAGUGAUGAUGAUGAUAAUGACGAUUUUACAUAG